UACUACGUCACUCCUAUUGACAGGUGUACCCGGAAGAAACCCGGAUUUUGAAAAUGGCGAUCUGUGAUGGUCUCUUUCAAAACAGAAAAUAGUAGAGUUGCCUUUAAAGUUCAGUUAAUUUCAUAACCAACACGAGUUGUGAGGUUUGGUGAUGCGGAGAUUGUGAUUUGAUGUAAAAAUGGACACCGUGAGGAUGGCACGAGAGGACGAUGGGAAUAAAGACUCCUACACGGAAAACCUCAUUGGCACACUGUUAGCCAUCUUUGGAAACCUGUUGGUCAGCAUCUCCGUGAGCAUUCAGAAACAAAGUCAUGUGGCCUUAGCAGGAAAUAAAGAUCCAAGGCGGUACUACCGUACCAAGACCUGGUGGUUCGGUCUAAUGCUCAUGGUUUUGGGAGAGGGGGCUCUGUUUGUAUCAUACGCCUAUGCUCCCCUGUCUCUCAUAGCUCCACUUAAUGCUGUUUCUGUCAUAUCGAGCUCCAUCUUAGGUUUCCUGUUUUUGCGAGAAAAGUGGAAGGCACAGGAAUUUUUGAAGCGCUACAUUUUGACUUUUCUGGGCUGUGCAAUGACGGCAGGCGGUACUUACCUCUUUGUGACAUUUGGGCCGAACUCCCACGAGACGCUGAAUGCAGAAAAUAUAGUCCAACAUCUUAUAAGCUGGCCUUUCCUCUUGUACUCGCUUCUGGGAAUCAUCACAUUUUGCCUGAUCCUAUAUUUCUACAAACAACGGAACGCAAACUACCUCGUUUUGAUUCUACUAUUGGUGUCACUACUCGGCGCCGUGACUGUGAUCACAGUGAAAGCGGUGUCGGGAAUGAUUGUGCUAAGUGUCAUAGGUCCUCUACAGCUCUCAUACCCCAUAUUCUACGUUAUGUUCGUCUGCAUGGUGGCUUCUGUUGUGUUCCAAGCAUCAUUUUUAGCACAGGCAUCUCACCUGUAUGAUUCUUCUCUCAUCACCUGCGUGAAUUACAUUUUCUCAACAACAUUUGCCAUCGUGUCAGGAUGCAUAUUUUACCAGGAGUUCAACCAUGAAGAUGUCCUGCACAUAUGCAUGUUUCUGUUGGGAUGUGCUAUUUGCUACCUUGGGGUGUUCCUUAUCACCAAAAACAAGAGGAAAGCCAAAGCCUUUGAGCCAUAUGUCACUAUGGACAUGGCGAAAGGUAUACCAACUAUUCACGACAAAGGCUGGGCUGUGCAACCUGAUAAUGGCUCAUUUUCCUACGGAGCACUGGAGAACAAUGACAGCGUUACUCCCGUGACUCUUCCAGUGGGUCAGGAUCCGUCCAUUUCACCCGAUCCUGUCAACCACUACCAAAACACAGAGCUAAAGAGAGACUAAAGAAAAUAAGUGCAUAUAUGACUUCAACCAAAAGAAACGUUUCUGUUUAGGCCUUUUCUGUUUGCUUGAUGGCAACAAAUUAUUCAAAGUAGUCUGAUUGCUUAAUAAUUGGGCCAUUGGAGAACAUCUGAUACUGUGUUAUUGUUGGGGUUAGUUUGAACCGUCUUUACAAUAACUGGCAUGUUGUAUUUGUAUUAAACUCUGUGCCUUAAAUAUAUUGCUUGAUCACUCCUGA